ACAUGGCGGCUUCCAGUAAGCAAGAAUUUCGUAUUGCGCUUGUUCAGCUUGCUGUAACUUCAAACAAGGCUCAGAAUUUGUUGCGUGCGAAAGACAAGAUCAAAGAAGCGGCGUCGAAUGGAGCGAAAAUUAUCGCGCUUCCGGAAUGUUUCAACUCACCCUAUGGCACUCAAUAUUUUGCUGACUAUGCAGAGAAUAUCCCAGGGGAAUCAACAAAUAUGCUGUCAUCUGUUGCAAAAGAGACCGAAUGUUACAUCAUUGGAGGGUCCAUUCCCGAGAGAAAAAGUGAUGGAAAGUUGUACAACACCUCCACCUCAUUUGGACCUGAUGGCACCAUGCUUGCUAAACACAGAAAGGUUCAUCUCUUUGAUAUUGAUGUUCCAGGAAAAAUUCGCUUUCAAGAAUCAGAAGUCCUGAGCAGUGGAAAACAGCUGACAAUGAUGAACACAUCUUUGUGUAAAAUAGGAAUUGGAAUCUGUUAUGACAUGAGAUUUCCGGAGAUGGCUCAAGUUUACACUCAGCAAGGCUGUAAAUUAUUAUUUUACCCUGGAGCAUUUAACAUGACGACAGGACCGGCUCACUGGGAACCUCUCAUUAGAGCAAGGUACUCUCUUACCUUCACCAAAGCUUUUGAUUNUUUCAUAGAUCUGAGUUAUCUGGAAGAUGUCCGAGCCCAAAUUCCAGUCCAACAGCAGAAGAGGACCGAUAUGUACAAGUUAGAAAUGUUGUCAUAAAGUAUACAUGUACACACCUGUGGACACUGGCACAAGAAUAUGUGAGGGUGAAUGUGUGGGAACAGCUACAGCUUAGGUUA